AUGAUUUCUGAUAUUCAGCUUCUCUGCUAUCUUCAAGAUUUUUCUCAGCAAUUAAUUUCUAAAACCCAUGAAAUGGAAAAGACUGUUGAUCAACUUAUCCAUGAAACGAAGGUUACUUCUUCAAAAAUUAAUAAUGCAAUAAAUGAUUUUCAUAUGUUAUCAAAUACCCAGUUUAUUGAAAAUAGAGUAUAUGAUGAUGAAAUACAGCCUGAACCAGAGACUCAACAGAAACAAGAAGAACAGACUAAAGAGCAGAGAGAAGCUGAAAUAAUACCUCAAAUAACAGCAGCUCUUUCUCUUGGCUUGGAAGUAAUUGAAAAUGCCUUUGAUAAAGUUGAAUUGCAACAAGAUUCUGACAGUGAAGAUGAAGGCAGGACCACACAUGGUGAAUCUAUACUAGAACCAAAGGAUCCUUAUCUUAAUCGUCCAUUACCUCAUAUAAUUGGUUCAGAAGCAUUCCAUAAUGAUGAUACUAUUGGACUUAGUGAUCUUGUUUCAAAUGAAAUUGAAAGUGAAAAUGAAAGUGAUAUGAAGGAAGAAUUUGAAAGUGACAAAGAAUCAUCAUCUGAUGAAUCAUUUAGAGAUGAUAAUGAAGAAAUUAAAAAGCCUUCAGUUCCAAAUGAAAAGUCAUCGCCGCCUAAAAGUAUUUUUGAAGGAAUGCCAAAAAUACCAAGAUACUCAGAUAGUGACAGUGCUUCUUCAGAUCUCUUUAGAGACGAAGGAGAAUAUUUGUCUGCUAGUACUGAAACAGAUGAAUUUGUAAAAGAAGGAAAAGUCAAUGAUGAUAUUCAGUCUAUUUCCAAAAAUAGUAUUCGCUCUAUCUCUAAAAAUAGUGUUGAGAUAGAAGAUUCAACUAGAGAUUUGUUUGAAGCAAUAAAUUUCUCAAAUGGCUUAGCNAUUUAA